AUGGGAAUAUUCAAACUGUCUUUUCUACUCAGUCUGUUGCAAACCUUGACAGAAAAUGCUCGUAAUGAUCUCAUGUUGCAUUUCCGGUCCCUCAGCGUGGUGAAACACAUGACUCAGCAGAUCCGCCUCGAACCGAAGCAUUUUCUGCAAUUGGCCAACUUCUUGGGGCAAUUGGCCAACUGGUCGCAAAGGCUCAUGGAGACGAAUAUUGAUCUCUGUGUGUUUUGUCGAAAUAAUAAUGAACCGUUUGAUGUCUACACCAGUCACAAGGGUGAACUUCGUGAUAUGGGCUGA